AUGGGGGACAGAGACAGGGACGCCGACGAGCGCAACGAGGCCCUCGACCCGGAGCUCCUCUACACCAAGGAGUUCUGCAUCGGCGGCGGGAGCUUUGGCAAGGUCUACAAGGGCGUCGACAAGCGCACCGGCCAGGCCGUCGCCAUCAAGAUCAUCGACAUUGAGAGCGCCGAGGACGAGGUCGAGGACAUCAUCCAGGAGAUCGCCAUCCUGUCCGAGCUGCAGUCGCCCUACGUCACCAAGUACUAUGGCUCCUACGCAAAGGGCGCCGAGCUGUGGAUCGUCAUGGAGUUCUGCUCCGGCGGCAGCUGCGCCGACCUCAUGAAGCCCGGCCUCAUCGGCGAGGAGUACAUCGCCAUCAUCGCGCGCGAGCUGCUGCUCGGCCUCGACUAUCUGCACUCGGACAAGAAGCUGCACCGCGACGUCAAGGCCGCCAACGUCCUCCUCUCCUCCAACGGCCUCGUCAAGCUCGCCGACUUUGGCGUCUCCGGCCAGCUCUCCGCCACCAUGACCAAGAAGAACACCUUUGUCGGCACCCCCUUCUGGAUGGCCCCCGAGGUCAUCAAGCAGUCCGGCUACGACCACAAGGCCGACGUCUGGUCCCUCGGCAUCACCGCCCUCGAGCUCGCCCUCGGCGAACCCCCCUACGCCGACAUUCACCCCAUGAAGGUCCUCUUCCUCAUCCCCAAAAACCCGCCGCCCCGCCUCGAGGGCAACUUCACCAAGGCCUUCAAAGACUUUGUCGAGCUGUGCCUGCAGCGCGACCCCAAAGAGAGGCCCUCGGCGCGGGACCUCCUCAAGCACGCCUUCAUCCGCCGCGCCAAGAAGACGACCUACCUCACCGAGCUCAUCGAGCGCCACAGCCGCUGGGCCGCCACCCACAAGGGCGACGACGACGACAGCCUGCACGGCGAGGACGAGUACUACGAGAGGGAGCGCGUCGACGAGGACAUGUGGGACUUCGGCACCGUCCGCCUCGUCGGCGACAGGGGCGGCCUCGUCGCCCGCCCGGGCCUCCUCAACGCCAUGGACGAAUCCGCCACCAACGCCCGCGCCCGCCCGCUCGACGCCGACUACGGCGAACGGCCACGCGAGCACAGCCCCACCAAGGCCCGCGACUUUGCCCAGAACGCCCAGAUGGCCGCCGACACCCUGAAGCCCGCCAACGCCGCCACCUCGCGCCAGACGUCGCCGCACAGGAAACCCGUCACGGGCGGCUCGACGACGCCCCAGUCGCCCGCCAAGGUGCCGCUGCCCGUGUCACCAGAGAAGACGACGCGCGGACCCGAGACGCCGCGGCCGUCCUCGAAACCCAUGGCGCCGCUACCCAUCGGCCAGUCGUCGCCCGACUAUGACCGUGAACUGCAGUACCAGCUGCAGAAGGACAUGGGCAUGCUGAACCUCGGGCCCGCCAUCCAACACGACAACCAGGCCACACCGAAGCCGCCGCCCCACCAACAGCUCUUCCACUCUCAACUACAGCAGCAGCAGCAGCAGCAACCCGUCUCACGGCCGACUUCGAAGCUCGGCAACAUCAGCCUGCCCGAGAUUCCCCCGUUCCGCGGUGGUGGCACGACGCCGCUCGGGUCGCCGGCCCUGGCCACCAAGUCGCCGGGCCUCGCCUCCAAGGCGCAGCCCCUCGAGGUCACGACACCGUCGUCCUUCCCGUCGCCGGCGCCGGCGAGCCCCAACGGCGAGCUCGACGCGCUCAAUGACGUCAUCUUCCCGGCGCUCGAGGAGGCGCUCAAGCGGCGGCAGAUCCGGCUGCAGCAGGCGCACCGCCCGCCGUCGGCCGGCCAGGUGACGCCCCGGCAGCAGCGGGCCGAGGCGGCGCACGAGAAGCUGCGCAAGCUCGUCUACAAGCUCGCGCACGUGUGCAAGGAGAUUGACCACUACGACAAGGCCGAGCCCGUUGGCAUGGGCCGCGACGUCGGCACCUUUCUCGAGGGCCUGCUCGAGGAGAUACUCGUGCGCGUCGAGCCGCUGGACGAGGACGAGCUGCAGGUGUAG